AUGACUUCCCACCACAUGAAUAGUUUUACAACCCUUAUCAAGCGGCUCGAGGCUGCCACCUCGCGUCUCGAGGACAUGGCAGCUUCUCUUGAGGCCUCGAAUCCGGAUAGCCCUGCCGCUGAUGGGAUUGCAGCAAGUGCUGUUUCGGCGUCCCCAAAAGCCACAUCAAGUCCAGUACCUCCGGCCCCUUCUGUCGUGGAACCGCCACCUCGUCAGAUCGAGGAUUUCGACGCCCUGAUCAACAAGGAGGUGACGAACUUCGUCGAACUUAGUAAAAGGCUUGGGGAACCAGCUGUGGAACAGUCUAAAGCGAUUCUUCGGGCUUUCGAGGCGGAAAGAACCUACCUCUACAUCGCUUUGAAGGCCAAGAAACCGGACCAGCAAUCACCAGACCUUUUGGGCGACCUGCGCAAAGCCUCAGAUGAAAUUAAUAACAUCCGGGAAGCGAACAGGCCAUCUCCUCUAUUCAACCACUUGAGCGCCGUGGCUGAAGGGGUGGUUUCUUUGGGGUGGGACGAUCGUCAUGUCGCAUUUAUUCAAUCAUAUUAUCAAAUUUUUAAAUCUCUUGUCACCUAUAUUAAGGAACAUUAUCCGAAUGGCUUGACAUGGAACAACCGGGAUGGAGUCGACGUAACGGAGGCUUUGAAACAGGUUCAGUCCGGUUCGCCGACGGGCUCUACGUUACCACCGCCUCCUCCCCCUCCACCCCCUCCUACCGCUGGCGCAGGUGGCCCGCCUCCCCCGCCUCCACCCCCAGCUGGUGGAGCAGCUCCGCCGAAGGCAGUAUCGACUGGUGAUAUGUCAUCUGUUUUCGAGCAAUUGAACAAAGGGUCUGCGAUCACCUCAGGCCUCCGAAAAGUCGACAAGUCGGAAAUGACACAUAAGAAUCCUAGCCUUCGGGCUGGUUCGCUUGUCCCUGACCGCAGCGAUUCAAGGACCGGUGUGACAUCCCCCACUGCCCGUGGAAAAUCACCAGUUCCAAGCAAGAAACCAAAACCCGAAAGCAUGCGUUCUAAAAAACCUUCACGCAAGCAGCUUGAUGGUAAUAAAUGGUACAUUGAGCAUUACGAUAGCAUUACCGACAUUAUCGAGGUACCCGCUCAACUCUCGCACUCGAUCUUAAUAUCCCAUUGCAAUAAAGUGAUUGUCAAGAUUAACGGUAAAGCCAACGCUAUAUCCAUUGACAAUUGUACGGGCCUCUCCGUCAUCGUUGACUCACUUGUGAGCAGCGUUGAUGUCAUUAAAUCCCCUACAUUUGCCCUGCAGAUUGAUGGCGUUGUCCCGACUAUCUUGCUUGAUCAGGUCGAUGGAGCAAGUCUGUACCUGAGCCAGGCGAGCUUGAAUACUGAGAUUUUCAGCAGUAAAUGCUCCAACUUGAAUAUCGUCGUGCCGCCUAAGGAAGGAACGGAUGACGACUCCAAGGAAUUGCCCAUUCCUGAGCAGAUCCGAACCGUUGUCAGGAAUGGGGCUGCCAUCAGCGAAAUUGUCGAGCAUGCGGGAUAA